AUGCCUUCCAUCCAGACUGACAGCCAGUUUGGAGAGAGAGAGAUGCCUUCCAUCCAGACUGACAGCCAGUUUGGAGAGAGAGAGAUGCCUUCCAUCCAGACUGACAGCCAGUUUGGAGAGAGAGAGAUGCCUUCCAUCCAGACUGACAGCCAGUUUGGAGAGAGAGAGAUGCCUUCCAUCCAGACUGACAGCCAGUUUGGAGAGAGAGAGAUGCCUUCCAUCCAGACUGACAGCCAGUUUGGAGAGAGAGAGAUGCUUCCAUCCAGACUGACAGCCAGUUUGGGAGAGAGAGAGAUGCCUUCCAUCCAGACUGACAGCCAGUUUGGAGAGAGAGAGAGUGCCUUCCAUCCAGACUGA